AGUGUGUCGGCCCUUUACGCCGGAGUUUUCUUAAGUCAUUCAAUCGAGCAGGAGAAAUCUCACAUAGCGACCGUUGUUAUAAUUUAUAACGCUUAGGCUUGCUAUCUUUGGAUCCCGAUACUGACUAGACUCCUGGUCUAAGGUAUGGGGUUUGGACCGGGGAGAUAUUGGCAUUCCCUUGCAAGAAAAAGAUGAAGUUGGACCUGGGCGAGGUUGUUAUCCGGCGGAUGGAAGAGGACGACAUCGAGGCUGUGAAAGAACUUAUUAAGGAAGGAGCACAAGGCUCGGAGAAUCGCCUCAUUCUGCACCUCCUUACUCGUCCACUGGCCCUUCUCCUCCUCGCCAUCAUUUCUUCCGCCCUGCGCUUUCUCCUGCACUCCUUCAUCUUGGCUCUGAUCCUCCCUGUCUUUGUCGUCAUCAUGUACCUCAAACUCACCAUCCCUCGUUCGGUGGGAAUACUGGGGACCAGGAAGCCCUACUGGGAUUACAUGGGAACCAGUCACCAUGGGACAGGGGACUGCACCUUGGAAAACCCUCACGCUAAAGGGGCGGGGGGAAAGUCCACAGCCAGUACUGAUGAGAAAAAGGCCAGGGACCCGGAGGCUCAGGAUAAGGGCAGGCGUCGGCGGAAAGAGAAAGCCAGGGAGAGGGAGGAGAGAGAGGCGGGGGAGGUGUGGCUGGCAGACCUGGAUGGGGAGAUUGUGGGCUGCGUUUUUAGAGAAGGAGGGAGGAGAGAGGGUGACGGCAGGAUCUGUAGGGUGGUCGUACAGUGCUGGUACCGGAGGAAGGGGUUAGGAACCCUCCUGGUGCAGUGUUUGGAGAGCAGGGAGAAAGAGAUAGGGACCAGGAGGGUGUACGCGCAUGUGCCCGCCCCUUCGAAGAUGGGGGAGGCAUUUUUCCAAAAGCUGUGCUACAAAAGGCAUGGAGAGAUGAUGACGAGAGAAGAGGAUGAAGAUGAACUGCAGCAGGAGGAAGAGGAAGAAGAAAGGGGGUGGUUAGGCUUCCAGGUCACUAAGGUGUAUGCGAAGCAUCUGUAAGAAGAGAGUAUGAUUGAAAGAGUGAUUGUGAAAAUGAAGGACAGUUCAGGGGAAAAAAUAGGGAGCGAAGGGCAAAAUGAAAGAAAAGCAGAACAAAGAAAUGCUAGAGCAGGUUACAGCAGAUGCAGAAAAUUUGAGAACACCUGUACUAACUGAGACAUCUCUAGUGAUAAGACGAAUUUCAUUGCAGAUAGCACAAGCAAAAGGAUUGCAGGGACUACGCAGAGUGACUGACUAUCUCUUCAUCAUAAUUUAUGUUAUUUAUUUGUUUUAUUUAUUUUGCUUUGAAUCCUGAUUGUAAUUGUAAAUUCAGUGCUUUUGGUAGAGCCACAAGUUAUUACAGUGAGCCUGUCCUCCUCUAAUAUAGCCUGCACUGAAGGGGGCACUCUUCCUCCUCACAAAGGAUUAUUGUACAUGAUCAUGUGAUCACGAUUCUACUGUUACAUUGCUGUUUGAAUAUGAAAAUGAGUUUUAUAAAAACAAAUGUCUUCUUUCAACUUCUUUCAACCCCCCCCCCCCCCCCC